ACUUAUUGUAAACAGAGGGGCGGGCGGCGCUGCGUUGUGCGGAUCUGGGCUCUCAACUCCUGUACCAAGUAGCGUCCUGAGCCCAGUAUGCGCUUGCGCGUUUUUCUUUGCGCCCCUGUUGCGUCUCCCGAGUGCGGGGAGCUCCUUGCUUUCGUACAGGAGGUACGGAGCCUGCAAAUAACGUAGUAGUUAUUGCAUAUUAGCUAAUCGGCUGUUGUAAUGCAAAAUAUGUUAAUACUGCCUACAGUGGGUAUAGAACAGCAGAGCAACGUUGCACACAAAAUCUCAACAUGCUGUUAAUACCAAGGUUACAGGUUUGAAUGAUCCCGGUAUGGGUGCAUAUUCCUGCAUUGCAGGGGACGACUACAUGAACCAUGGGGUCCCUUCCAACUCUGAUUCUAUUAUUCUCUGCUGGGCUAAAUGUAAAAAAGAAAUGCCAUAAAGUAUCCUGUUUCUGCUCUAGGUCACUAAUAAUAUUCCCUUUCUCUCUUUUAAUUGCAAAAAAAUCUAAAGGAAGAAGCCUUUCUCCCCAUUCCCCAACAUCAGUUUUCCUUCCUAUUGGUUUGCUAAUCCAGAAGUUCUUUUCAAUGCUUAACUGACAGCUUAGGGAGCACCAGUUUAGAAAUCACCAUAAUAGAAUAUAAAUGUCUUGUUGAAACUUGUUUCUAAUAGCCUUGCUGCUUUUCCUUCAUCAUUAUGAACAGCUCAGUUAUUAUUUUCUAGCAAUCAUGGACUAGUGGAAUUCAUUUGACUUCCCUGGUGGUGCACUAGUUGCUGUAUGGAGCACAAGAGUACCGUAUUUCUAAUCAAACUCGGUGGUUCCCUUGGGUUACACUCAAAGGAUUGCAAAGCAAAACCAUUAUGCAUUGAUUGAGAAUAUGUGGGUUCUUUAAAGGUGUUAAUAACCAGGAAAUAGAGCAAGAAGGUAUUUCUCUGAAUUAUGGGUGGGGAACCUGUUCCCGGCCAGAUGUUAUGGUAUCCAGUUCUCAUCAGCCACAGCUAGCAUAGCCAAUGGUCAAUAAACUGAAAAUGGAGGCACCAUACAUAGUUAUGGAAAACCAUCUGUUCCAAGACAGAGUUUGAGAAACUUGGACAAGCACCAGAAUCUAAGAAUGUUUAUUUUCUUACGUUUGUUUUUCUACCAGAUUUUUUUAUUUUUUGCAAAUGUUUCAAUAUGUUUUGUAUUUGUAGUAGUUGGCAUCUGUCUGACUCGGGAGAUGGUGAAAGAGUGCACCUUCGGGAGUGAAGUGAAACCAUUGAGAGUUACAGUACCCGCUGUGGCUGUAGAGACUGAUACAGGAGAGACAUGUUUUAUUGCAUCUGGUUUUGUUGCUACAGGGGCACCAUGGCGUUUCUUCUCUCUGCACUCCACCCAGCAGUCAUUUCUCCUCUGAUCACUGUUAUGGAUGCACGACACGGCUGACUCAAGGCACUGCAAUGAUCUGCAAGGGAUUCCCACAUGGCAAGGUUAGUGUUUGUAAUGCACAAUUGGUCUGCUAGGAGGCCUAGUGCUGGAAGCCAGAUCCCCAUAGAGCACAUCCUUGGAGAUCCUGCCAUCUUCCAUUCUGUGGACAUGACCAAGCCAGCAUAGACUUUGCUGAGAAGAAGAGCCCCUUGCAUUUUACAGCAAAGUUAAUUAGUUUCACGUGUGCUUGGGCUGUAAAUUGUUCAGAAAUUUUGGAAUAAGGUACAGUAAUAGUUCUAUUGGGAACUCAACUACAAGAUGCUAUACUACUGGAAGUGAAGUAAGUGCAGCCUGAUCCCAUAGGAGGACCCAUGUAAAUCAAUGAGAUGCACUUCCUAGUACAGAGCUUUCCAAACGGUGUGUCGUGACAGGUUAGUGUGUUGGCUGCAGCAUGUAGGUGUGUCACGUGAACGUUCCCCACGAUCUUCCUGGGGUUGGAAAGGGGUUAAUUUAUGUCUAAAAACUCUGUCACCACCAAAGUUUGGAAAGCGCCACCCUAGUAAUUGCACUUCGGAUUGCAUCUUUACAAUGCAAUCCUAGAUGCUCCAUUGAGUUCAAUGGAAAUGACUCCCAGGUACGUGUGCCUAGGCUUUGUCAAUUUCCUCACAAUAGCAAGAUUACAAAUCAAAGGGUGGUGAUUAAAUUAUGAGUGUCUGAGUGAUUACAAAAACCAUGGGAAGUGAGUGAACUAAAGUCAAAAUGUAAUUAUGUAAGAAUUUUGCAUAUUUACAUUUUACAUACUAUAUAGUAGGAUUAAUUGUGUAUAAAAUUGAUCUUUUUAUAUAUCCACACGGCUGAUAUUUUCACUAGAUAGAUGGAUAGAUAUAAUUCAAAUAUAUUGUUGUGCACUUUUUAAAGCAAAUAAGGGUCCUUCUGAGAAGGCCUUGCUAAACAUGUAUGACCUGUGUAGAACACCCCCCCCCAACCUACAUUGCAUAAUUUGCAGGCUUUGUUCUCUUUCUGAUUUUGUCCUAGUCCUCGUUUGUCCUAGCUGGCUGCUGGCCAUGAAUUUCCCAUUUCUCCAGCUACAAUUUUUUCCUGCUUUGUUGUUUACAUUCUCCUUCACCUUCUUAACUAGGAUGUUAGGGAUUUUUUUUAAUAAUUAACCAAAAAAACAAAACAUGUUUGACAGGGACAGGAUAACUGUUUCCAAGCUAGGUCAAACCAUUUCCUCUGUGGGCUCAGAAAAUGUGGGAAUGAAUCAUUUGUCUGCUGCAUGAGGACAAUCUGGCCGAGGACUCUUCACCUUCUUGCUUCGCCCCUAACCGCCUCUGACUGUGCAGACUGACAAGAGGACUCUAGCCCUUUCCAUUGUUCCAGGCAGAUUUUUGCUGAAAGGGAAGUACAAGGGAAGGUUACAUCCUUGAUCCCCUGAGGAUGCUGGUGUUGGUCAACAAGGAUGAGCUUCGAGUGCUGAAGAAAGAGCUGUGGAGCUGCUUCCCCAAAUCUCUAAAGGUCCAUGGGGCUGUGCUGAACGUGUGUCAGGGAAACGCUUUCCAUCAGGAGAUACUGGUAGAUUCCUGGCCCACUUUCCAGGUGGUCAUUGCACGGCUCCAGAGAGAGAAAGUGCCUUCAGAAAGGAACUAUUUUACCCAAUCUUGUGCAGUUUUCUAUAAGGACCUGGAUGCCUAUGAGAAAUUGGUGAAAGAGUCUGAUGCCAUUGAUUGGAAAAAAGAAUUCUUACUUCAGGGUCUGCAGGAUGGUGUGUAUCAGACAUCUCAAAACCUAGCAGCUGCCAAGCAUUUCUCCACAAAGCUGGUGACUCGGACCCAGGUUUUUGUUGUGCAGAAACCCUUGAAUUUGUCUUCUUUCACACCCACGUCAGGAUCAGAGCUGAAACUCUCAUCCCUCAACACCACUCAUGCUGCCCUGCUGAAUGAGACCUGGAGUGUAGGCGGCAAUGAGCAGAGUCUCUGCUAUCUGACUCGGCUGAUCGACUGCUUCCCUAGUAGUUGCCUUCUGGAUUCUGGAGGAUGUCCUAUCUCUUGGGUCCUGCUGGAUCAAUUUGGGAGCCUGACCCAUGCUUACACCAUGCCAGUGCACCGUGGCAAAGGAUACAUUCAGCUGGUGAUAGCAGCACUAGGCAGGAAGCUACAGAGCCUCAAUUACCCAGUCUAUGGUGAUGUCCUGGAAAACAACACAUCAAUGCAGAGAGCCCUACAAUGCCUUGAAGCCAACUUUACUAGUUGCUUUCUUUCCUAUGACCUGCAUACACCCAUUUCUCUGCUGUGACAGGCUUUUCAAAAGCCCUGUCAGUAAAAAAAUAAACCAGUGGUAGUAGAAACAGAUGGUUUAAAUGAGAAAAUUAAUAUGUGUGUGUGUGUGUGUGUGUGUGUGUUGUAUGAAGUUUCUCUCAAGAACUAGGUUCACAUUUAAUAAUCUGGACACAAGCCCUACAUCUAAGCUGAAUCAAUACCUUUCCAGCUAAAACCGAUUAGAUCCAGACCUCAAACAAAUAGCCAGCAGAUGAAGGAUAGAUUUGAUUUUCACGAUUCCAUCUGUGCUCCUGGAAGAGUUGAAUCUGUGGGUUGCUGGGCAAUCCAGAAGCCUACAAACUCCCAGGCUUGAGCACUGUAUCAUAACGAAUCAAAAUAACUGAAGAAGUCUACUGAGAACUUUUGACAGGUUUGAAGCCUCCAGUUGGCUAACCUAACAGUGCUGCUCCCUAUUUAUGCCCUGACAAAACAUUACAGUAGACCUCUUGUAGAGGCUCAGUAAAGUAACAGAAUCAUAGUCUGUAAACAGAACCUUAAAUGAAAUAUUGGGAGAAGCUAUGUGCAAUCACUGCAGAUAACUGUUAAGGCAUGUGCUAUACAAUAUUUGACUUUUAACACCAGAAAAUUCCAAUUAAAGUAUAUUACAUUUGUAAAAUGCACACUGUUUGGCCUGAGGACCAGCAGAUGAUACAUAGGGCCAGAGUCAACUAACUGGUCCCCCAUCAGAAGCAGCCCACACAGCAGUUCUGCUAGCACAAUAGGGCUUUCUCCUUGUGCCAAGUGCCCCCUGAAAUUGGCUCAUAGGGUGGGAGGUGUUGAGAGAACCCCAAGAACAGCAUAUGGUGGGACGAGAGGAGAUUGGUCUGUCUGACAAGCAGAAAGUGACAAGAGUGUGAAGCUCAAUUCUUCCCAUAGUUUUUAGUAUUCAACGCAAGAGUGCACUUCCAGCAGUAUGCCACAAGGGCUACUAUUGGGGGCCCAUUUCUCAUACUGUACCUGUUGCAUCAUUGCUGAAGGACGGCUUCGAAUAACUCAAACUUUACUGAUACCAAGGAAUAAAAUAGCUACAUUUGAGCAAGUACAAAGUAUUAUCUGGGGCAUUAAAAACAAAAAACCCAACAACCCUAUAAUGAUGCAUUUAGCUGUUCUAGUAGCCAAGAACAAGAGGUCCUACCUAAGCUUGGGGAAACACACAAAUUGUCUGGUACAAUGUUAAUAGUUUACUGGAAAAUUGCACAGGUGUGUGUGUACUCUUAGUACUUUUGGGCAAUUCUCUGCAUCAUCUUCACUCCUAUCCUCUUUAUCCAUUUAGACAUGUUUUUUACUCCAGACCCAAAAACAUCUAGAGGGCACAACUCCCAUCCACCCCAGCUAGCAAGACUAAUAAUCAGUGAUGAUGUGAGUUGUAGUCCAAAAUAUCUGGCG